AUGUCUGGAGGAGAAGAAGUUGAAAAAGACUGGGUUCAGGAAGUUUUAAACGGAACACCAGCUGAAGAAGUACCUUCUGAUGAGUUAUUCGGCGUUUAUGAAGGUCUUAUCAAGCAAAAAGAUAAAGAAAUUGCAGCAGGUAAUGUGACAGUUGUGAAACAAAUUCAAAAUAAAAUGACUGAAGUCAUGGAUUGCAUAAAAGCUGAAAAGGAAAAAGAAUUCUUAACAGGAAAAGGCGGAGAUACAAAUAGGCCAGAACCCGAAUUACUAGAUUCGACUUUGGAUCAGCUUAUCGGUGGUAAGAAACUCAAACCUAGCGAAACAAAGCUUGUACCAUACUUGAUACCCGUUUGCGCUCGUAAAAAGCAAGAAUGCAUAAAAAACGAAGAUUUUCGUAAGGCACAAAAUUAUGAAGAUGUUUAUCAAUAUCUGUACGAAAUGCAUCUUAAAUGUAAGAAGGAUAAUACUCGAGUAGAUAAGUGGGAACAUCAGAGAGAUCUUUAUCGACGUUCUGUUGACGCCUUAAUGAAAGAAGAAGAAAAAAGAGAUCAGGAAUUGGCAGAAUUUAAUCAGAAGUAUCAAGAAGAUCUGAAAGUUUUUGAAGAAAAUUAUCAAAAACAAGUUGAUGAAUUCAAUAAAUCAAUACCUGAAGAACUACCAGCUAGAUUCAUUAAGCGCUCAAAUCAGUACUUAAAUCUUCGCCAAAUUGAAAAAAGCUUAUUAUCUUCGAAAAGAUAUACAGAAGCAGCUGAAAUUAAAGAGCAAGCUGAUAAAAUGGAUAUUGAGGAAAGCAAAGUCAAUAGGCAGAAUUUUGAUAUUUAUAAUCAGCAGCAACGCAAUAAAUUAGCAGAAGAGCAUGAAAAGCAAAGGUUGUGCUUAGAGGAGAAAGCUAAGAGGCAAAGGCAGAAAAUCCUUCUUACUCAUACAGCAUUGAUUUAUAAUUUGAGACUUGCUGUAGAGAAUAAUGAAAGAAAAUUGUCAGAUAUGGAUGAUAACUUUAAAUCACAGCCAUUAUCAGUCCCCAAGAUAAGACAAAAAGAAACAGGUGAUAACAUUGAGCAAAAGGAUGGUCCGUUUAUUACUCAGACUGGUAAAUCAUUCUCUACAGUAUCAACACAGACAGUGAAGAGAUAUAAAUUCCAACCAUACGAAUAG